CUUAACUACAAUGACAACAUCGAAGCAUUACGAAAUCAAGCUCAGCAACUCAAGGCUACCAGAGACAGCAUGCAAUUGAGAAUUGAUGCUGCUGAAAGAAACAGAGAAAUUAUCUUACCUGAUGUCCAAAGCUGGAUAUCUAAAGUUGAUGAUGUCUCUGCAGAAGCAGAAAAGUUUUUUGAAGAUGAAGGCAACGUGAACAAGAUGUGCUUCAAAGGGCGGUGCAUUAAUGUCCGAUCGCGUUACCGGUUCAGCAAGGUGGCAAAGCAGAAGAUAACGGUGAUCACUCAGCUCCAAGAAGAGGGAAAUUUUCAAACUCUAUCUCAGCCUGCUCCUCCUCCUUCAAGCAUUAUCAUUCCAACUGUUGGAUUUUCUGGAAUUUUUGAAUCCAGAGAAUCAAUCAAGAAUGAAAUUAUGGAGGCCUUGAAAGAUGACAAGGUCAGCAUAAUUGGAAUAUGUGGGCUGGGGGGUGUGGGUAAGACCACACUAGUGAAACGAGUUGGCAAACUAGCUGAAGAAGAAAAGUUGUAUAAUUCAGUAGUUAUGGUAGUUGUGUCUCAAACCCCAAAUAUCAUGAAUAUUCAAAGAGAAAUUGCUCACAAGCUAGAUCUGAAAUCAUUAUCGGAUUGUCCUGAAUCAGCACGAGCAAGUUCCUUGUGGCAGAGAAUUAAGGAGGAGAAACGAAUCCUCAUAAUAUUGGAUGAUGUUUGGGGAAAAAUUAAAUUGGAGGAGAUUGGUAUUCCUUCUGGGAAGGACCACGAAGGUUGUAAGAUUGUGCUUACCUCUCGAAGCAAAAAUGUGCACGAUGAAAUGGAUUGUGACAAAACAUAUAUAGUCAAAACUUUAUCAAAAUGGGAAUCGUGGGAGCUAUUCAAGGAGCUCGUUGGAAUGGAUGUUGAAAAUUCUAUCAGAAGCUCAAUCGCAAAAGAUGUAGUUGCUGAAUGUGACGGCUUGCCGAUUGCAAUUGUGACAAUAGCAAGCGCAUUAAAGAACAAAAAUGAGCAUGUGUGGAUAGAUGCAGCACGACAACUAAAAACGUCUGCUUAUACAGAUAUCUCAGGGAUGCAAAGAAGUGUGGUUUCAUCUUUGGAGUUGAGCAUCAUAUAUCUAGAAAGUGAUGAUGCAAAAUCAUUGUUCUUCUUUUGUAGCUUGUUUCCAGAGGAUUUUGAAAUCCCAAUUGAAGUUUUAGUUACAUAUGGAGUGGCUUUGAGGUGGUUCAAAAAUGUUGAGACAAUGAAGGAUGUUAGGCACAGAGUUCACACUAUUGUAAGUACGUUGACCUCUUCUUUUCUCUUGAUUUAUGGAAAAUAUUGGUACAAUAUGGAAGAGUAUGUAAAAUUGCAUGAUGUUGUACGUGAUGUUGCACGUAUAAUAGCACCUAAGUACAACCAAAUAUUCUUGGUCAAAGCUGGCACUGAUUUAAAAGAGUGGCCAAACAGAGAUACAUAUGAAGAUCUCACAUGUAUCUCAUUAAUGUCAAAUAAUAUUAAAGAAGUGUCAAAUGUGAUGGAAUGCCCAAAGUUACAGUCUUUACUAUUGCAGGGAAAUUCUAAAAUGGUUUUCCCUAAUAAUUUCUUUCAAGGCAUGAAAGAUCUUAGAGUUGUAGACUUGAGUGAAACUCAAUUAUUGCCACUGCCAGAGUCACUUUCUUUGCUGGCAAAUCUUAGAACAUUGUAUCUUAAUGGUUGCGAGUUAGGCGACUUAUCUAUUAUCGGGCAUCUAAGUAAACUAGAAAUUCUUAACCUUAAUAAUUCUAAUGUUAGGGAGAUCCCAAUAUCUUUCAGUCAAUUAAUUCAUUUGAGGUUAUUAGCUUUGAACAAUUGUGAAGAGCUUGCACGAAUAGCACAUGGUGUCAUAUCUUCUCUGUGUAAAUUGGAGGAGUUGUAUGUUUUAAGAAGUUUUGAGCAUUGGGAUUCUGAAGGAGAUGAGGGGGGUUUGAGAAACAAUGCAAAGCUUGCUGAGUUACAAUCUUUGUCUAGAUUGACUAGCAUGAAAAUUAUUAUCCCAAACUUGAAUUUCUUAAUUGAUAAUGAUGUGCCGUUCAAAAACUUAUCAAACUUUGCAAUAAUAAUAGGUGGUGUAGGACGUUUUGAAAAGGUCAACUUUAUGAGUUUUUCAAAAGAAUAUUCAAGAAAAUUGUUGAUGUCAAAUGAUGAUAAGGUUAUGAUUUCAGGAUUGAUUAAUUGCCUAAAGAAUUUGGUAAUUGAACAAACGGAAUAUUUAGAAGUAGGCUGGUGUAAAUCAAUGGUAUAUGUAUUUGAUUGUGAAGUGCUUAAGGUGACAUAUGGAAAAACAAAGUUGCUUUCGUCAUUAAAGGAACUACAUUUGAAAUAUCUGCCAAACAUGACACAUAUAUGGAAAGGUGAAACUCAAUACAUAAACCUUUGCAACUUGAAGAGAAUAAAAUUAUGGAUGUGCCCAAAGUUAGUUAAGAUAUUUUCACAAGAUUUGUUGCAGAGUCUCAUUUGUUUGGAAGAAAUGGAGAUAUGUAGUUGUGACAAUUUAGAGGAGAUUUUCAUAAUGAGAGAAGAAGAGGAAAUAAUACCACCAAGGAAAGAUCUCACCACAACCUCCCCAAGUUUGGGAAACUUAACUUCUAUAUAUAUUUUUAGUUGCAAUAAAUUAAAAAGCCUCUUCACCCCCUCCAUAGUCAAAAGCCUUGUGAAGCUCUGGAAACUUAAAAUAUAUGAUUGCUCAGCAUUGGAAGAAAUAGUCACAAAUGAGGAAGUAUCAUCAUCAUUAGCAAAGAAGAUUGUCUUUCCUAGUUUGUCCGAAUUGAAGCUUGUACAGCUAAGUAACAUUGGUUGUUUUAGCUCAAGCUCAUAUUCUAUUGAAUUUCCUGUUUUGGAGGAACUUAUGAUAAUAAAAUGUCCAAAUAUGAAGAUUUUUGGUUAUGGAAAACAACUGACACCAAAGUUCAACAAAGUUAUGAUGAGUUCUACCAGAGCACGAUGGUUGGGUAACCUAAACUCCACAGUUGAGCAAUUAUUCAUAGAAGAACAAGAGAAAAUCGCAAGGGAACAAAUAAAUGAAGAAGAAGAAGAAGAAGAAAAAGUGAACACCUAACUGAGACAAUGACAAGAUUGAUGGAAAGCUAGUAGCGAGACAUGUUUCAUAAGCUCGUUUAAUCAAGGCGAAGGAAGAUCUUCCUGUUAAAAUCAACGGCCUUAGGCUUCCCGUUGAUACCAUCUGCCGCAACCCUAAAGGCUUUGAGUUCGACAAAGAAGUGUGCUCAUGGCAGUGGGGAGUACAGGGCAAGGAAUUGUAGCAGAAAAGGAAAAGCAGACAAGCUGAAGAGGUUUUAGGUGGGCAAUUUCAGUGUGGCAAGGUUGCAUGCUGCUGGAAACUUAGCAGAAGAGACAAUUGUCAUACGCUCGUUUAAUUAAGGCGCUGAAUUCCCUCACUCUUGCUGAUAUAGCUCUAAUGCCAAUUUCAUUUGUCAUACUGAUACAAUUCUAUUGUUUUUGAACAUAGAGUAUAAAGAAAACAUUCAUUUGGUCGAAAUUUGUAAUGCAAAAUUUAGGGGAAAACAAGCCUGAAAACAGAAGAGGAUUUAUCCACAGUCUCUAUUUCUACUACUGGGUCAAGAAUCUGUCUGCUGGAGAGAAUAUUUAGGUAAGAUGCAUAUAUAUCAAGGCUGCCUGUUUCUAUUAUACGGGCCCUGGUAUCAACAAUUGGAUGACAUGAUUCAGAAAGCGCUGGAGAAAUUCCCUAAGCCUGAUGAGAUGCAUUUAAAUUUCUGGAAAUACUCUUCCUGUAAUGAAAUUCUUUAGUGCCCAUGAAGCACCAAUCAGCUAUGUUGAGAAUGCUAGUGAUCCAUAAGACCAGAUGGAGGAGUGCAGAACUUGAAAAGCUGUGGAUUUGGCAAAAAUCAUACUUUGACAUGCUAGGUUGGGCGCUUACACCAAUGGUUGAAGCUUGACAAUGUUGAAGUUCUCAUUGAGCUCAACUAGAAAGGUGUUAAGAGUCUUCUUGUAUUUCCAGUCAGGCCAAGGAAGAUCUUCCUGUUAAAAUCAACGGCCUUGGGCUUCCCGUCGAUGCCAUCUGCCGCAACCCUAACGACUUUGAGUUUGACAAAGAAGUGUGCUCAUGGCAGUGAAGAAAAAGUAAACACCGACCUAACUGAGACAAUGACAAGAUUGAUGGAAAGCUAGCAGGGAGAUAUGUUUCAUAAGCUCGUUUAAUCAAGGCCAAGGAAGAUCUUCCUGUUAAAAUCGACGGACUUAGGCUUCCCGUCGAUACCAUCUGCCGCAACCCUAACGACUUUGAAUUCGACAAAGAAGCGUGCUCAUGGCAGUAGGGAGUACAGGGCAUGGAAUUGUAGCAGAAAAGGAAAAGCAGACAAGCUGAAGAGGUGGGCAAUUUCCGGGUGGCAAGGUUGCAUGCUGAUGGAAACUUAGCAGAUGAGACACUUGUCAUAUGCUCAUUUAAUUAAGUAUUAAGAAAACAUUCAUUUGGUUGAAAUUUGUGAUGCAAAAUCUCGGGGAAAACAAGCUUGAAAACAGGCACGUUAACAAAUUGCCAUCAAUGUAUUCUCAUUAUUACAUGUAAGCUCAAAUGACUUAAUGAUCAAAUAUGGAAGAAAUAAUCAUGAACAAGAAAGGAGAAAAGGCGGAUGUUUGCAUCAACAGAGAAGAUGGCGUUCCUAGCUUAAAUAAGAUGAAACUCAUUUUGUUUCAGAAAAGGAUUUAUCCACAGUUCUCUAUUUCUACAACUGGGUGAAGAAUCUCUCUGCUGGAGAGAAUAUGUAGGAUGCAUAUAUAUCAAGGCAGCCUGUUUCUAUCAUAUGGGCCCUAGUAUCAACAAUUGGAUGACGUGAUUCAGAAAGCGUUGGAGAAAUUACCUAAGCCUGAUGAGUGCUGGUAAUGAAAUUCUUUAGUGCCCAUGGAGUACCAGUCAGUUAUGUUGCGAAUGCUAGUAAUCCAUAAAAAGACCAGAGGAGUGCAGAACUUGAAAAGCUGUGGAUUCGGCAACAGUCAUACUCUAACAUGCCAGCUUUAUGAGUAAGCACAUAGUCUUGAAAAGAUUGACAUGGAGCACAGAGAAUUGCCUCUUAAAUGCACUUCAAAACUGGGGAAGUGUACCAGUUUUAUAUACACUUAAGAUUUAUGGAUGUCCGAUAAUGAAGACCUUGAUUAUGGAUGUCCUCCUAUCUUAAUCAAUGUUGUGAUACAUCCAUUGACUAAGAUAGGAGGACAAUGAAUGCGUAACCUUGACCUUACGGUACAAAAAUUUGUUUAGGUAUGUGAAUUAAUUAGUUGUGGAUUGUAAACAAUUACAUUUUUUUAAUAAAUUGUGUUUGAAAAUAAUUGUCACUCGAUAAUAGCUACUUUCUUCCUAAAAUAUGUUUAUUUAGUUAGUCAUAAAUUGUUUAAAAGUCUGAUUUAUUUUUCAGGAGAAUUAGGAAGGUUCAACUAAAUGGCCAAGGAAGAUCUUCCUGUUAAAAUCAAUGGCGUUAGGCUUCCUGUCAAUACCAUCUGCUGCAACCUUAACACUUUGAGUUCGACAAAGAAGUGUGCUCAUCGCAGUGAAAAUGCAGGGGAAUACACAGCAUGGAACUGUUGCGGAAAAAGGAAACCAGACAAGGUGAGCAAUUUCAGUGUGGCAAGGUAGCACACCAAUGGGCGCUUAGCAAAGGAGACACAUGUCAUAUACUCAUAAUUUUGGAAGAAAGCAUACUUGUGGUUAAACAUUUGUAAUGGAAAACUGAGGUGAAAAGAAGUUUGGAAACAG